AUGCUUUGCGAAGCGUGCGAGAAGAUAUUUUGUGGCCGUCAAAUGUUGAGCGAGAUACCUUCCCGGACGUAUAAUCCUCAUCAUUCUUCUUUGCAAUCAAUCAUUGAUGCUUCGGCCUCUGGCUGUUGGAUUUGUCAUCGAUUACUGGCAUAUAUCAACAGAAAGAUAGAUGUUAAUGUUACACCCGGAGGAAUCUCAUCUCUGAUAAAAUCCUCAGCGUGGCACUUGUGUCGACGCCCUUACCAGAAAUCAUGGCGCCUCAUAUUUUAUUUUGGAGAUGAUAAUGAUUAUUUUCAUAAUUUUACCGUAGUGUCACGCGACGAGUAUGGUGGGCCAGACACAAAUCAUGCGUCGAUUGCAGGCGAUAGUACGAUGUCAGAUGCUGCACUGGCACAAGCCUCGAAGUGGUAUCGUGAAUGCUUAUUGAAGCAUACCAGUUGCAACACUUCACUGGUAUCCAAGUGCCUCAUGCCAACUAGACUGCUUCGAAUUGAUGAAGGCGAAAAAUAUGUCAGGCUUGUUGUGACAAAGGAAGAAAUUGUCCAGGACUCACGUUUUUCAACCCUAAGUCAUUGCUGGGGAAAUUCUAAUGUUUUAAAGCUUACAAUUUCCAAUCUGGAAAGUUUUAAGGCUGGUAUCUCUCUCGAGCGACUUCCGAAGACGUUUAUUGAGGCUAUAUUUGUUGCUAGAAAAUUGUCUAUUCCUUACAUCUGGAUAGACUCACUGUGUAUCAUACAGGACUCUGACGAUGACUGGCAAACUGAAUCUGUCUCGAUGGAAGAUGUCUAUGGCAAUAGUAUCCUGAACGUAAUGGCUACAGCCUCCAAAAAUAGUCAUGAGGGUCUUUCUCGACCUCGAGACCCUAAGAUGUUGGAGAUAUGUCCAGCAAUCCAGUCAAAAUGGGAAGAUGCUGAGAACGAUCUAUUCUAUCUAUUCAACGAAGAAAUCUGGAGCGAAAAAUUGUACAGUGGACCACUGCUAGAGCGAGGCUGGGUUUUGCAAGAACGUGUCUUGUCACCUCGUUCACUCCAUUUUUGUGAUAGUGAACUACUCUGGGAAUGCAGGGAGAUGGCCAGUUGCGAAACAUACCCAGCAGGGCUGCCAGAAGCUUGCAAGCAGGAGAAUUUCAAGGUCAGACCUCUGUCGUCGGGCUCCGAUUUAUAUGAAAGGAAGUAUCUGAUAGAUGGGGCUAAGAAGACCAUGAAAGGCAUUGCUUAUGAUAGAUGGGUGCGGUGGAUUAAUCUUUACAGUAGAACAUAUCUAACGAAAGAUUCGGACAAACUAGCUGCAGUCAGUGCGCUGGCCAAGUGCACACGGGCAGUCUUUGAUGAUGUCUAUGUGGCAGGCCUUUGGAGAUCGAUCUUUGCAGAUCAACUUGUUUGGUGCGGUCUGUUUACGUAUCGCCCGAAAGACUAUCGAGCACCGACUUGGUCCUGGGCCUCGGUCGAUGGCCUUCUUCUCCUUCCUUCCAUCCGUCCCAAUACCAAAUAUCAUAUUGAGAUUGAUGAGGUGCGAGUUACACCCGUUUCCAGCGUUGAUGACACUGGUUCCAUUUCGGAUGGAUACUUUCGUGCACGGGGAUUGCUAAUAUGUGACACGCUUGUCAACGAUCAGAGAUAUGGUAAAUUUCCCUUCCUCGCGGGGAAGGAUAAAGAUACAGAUGUGAUUACAUCUUUAGAUGCACCGGCCGACCAAUGCAGAGAAAGGGUGAUAGUCCUUCCUAUCUUGACAAACUCGGAUGGACCGGAUCAUGAAGAUUAUUGGUUUCAUGCACUACUUCUUCAGGAGCGGGCGAUGUCACCAAAUGGCUUCUAUACGCGGAUAGGCUAUGCGUCGGUCGUGAAUAGUUAUGUAAAGUAUAAGCUGGGCCUGGACCACCCCCAAAGUUUGUCCAAGUUGAAGUUUCCGGGAAACCAUAGCGGUUCGACUUCUGAAUCAAAUAAGUCGACCCAAAAUGGGGGAGGUGCAGAUUUCGACGUUGAGUUGGAUGAGAGUUUCUCACCUCGACACAACUACAAAACCACACCAACUCGACCACCUCCAUCUACACCUACACCUUUAAUCAUGCCUCAAGGUUAUUCAUCUCGAGAUGUUGGUGACCCAUCGCAAAUCAAGAAGAAUAAGCAAUCCAUGGCAGAUCUCAAAUUGAGACGUCUUACCGAAUUGAACAAUCGACUCCGAGAAGAUUUAGAACGCGAAAGGAUCCCAGUCUCUCAAGCUGCUAAGAGUAUUAUUCAAUAUACCAGUCAAACUAAGGAUUUUAUGGUUCCAUCAAUUUGGGGUACCGUUGAUAAGAAGGAUGAUCCAUAUGCGCCGCAACAAAGUGGUGGAUGUUGCUUGGUGAUGUAAGACAAGGAAGAAUACAUCAAGACAAUUCGAAAUGGAAAGCAUACGAACGACCCGACAACGACCAAUCAUAAUUUCAUCAAUCACUCAAUUCAUAAAUCCAUUCAGAUACACCAAUUUCGAUAUCGGUCCUUCCUUUUACAAAAAUCACGUUCAUCACCAUACAGAGGGAGAGAGGGAGGUAGCAGACCAGAAUAAAGGGCGUUAUUAACGGGGCGUAUUGGGGAAAUCAUUCACUUUUCAGCCUUCUUCGACAUUAUUUCCAGAAAUUCCAAUGUUUCUUCUCG